AUUAAAAGUUUUUCUUCUCCCUAGUACCCACUUCAAGAUUAACUCUUUCACUUUUCAACUUUAGUAUAUGUACAACAAACGGAACCCUAACCAUGAAUCCAAAUACUAAUCGAUUUGAGCCAGCGGCUGCCUCUCUCUCUCUCUCUCUCUCUCUCUCUAAGUUUCAUCCCGAAUCCCAACCCCAAAACUGUUACCCUUAGAUCAUUUUUUUUAAAAAAUGGCUCACAUCUAAAAGAAAGGUUCGGCGAUGCUAGGGUUACGGGAACCGGAUGAAUAUGAGAUCGCUGUCUGUGGGUAUACGUCGGAUUUGGGGGGUAAAAAUCUACAGUCAGAAUGGUAUGCCAUUAAGGUCCCGAACCCAGGCCCAUCCCGAUGCCGACGCGACGGAUUUGGAGAGACACAAAUUAAUCUAUCUUCUUCGGCAAAGAAAAAAGAAAAGGUAAAAAUUAAUCCUCCUUGUGCAAAGGCAAAUGUAAAGGAAACAAUUAAGACGGAGCCGCUCCAUCCGUUUUCGGUAGUCAGGAUGAUGUACCAAAGCACGCAACAUGCAUUCCUUGACCAUUCGAAUCAGCAUAUGGAUUCUGGAUUGUCCUAUCUGUAUUCCCUUGGCGGCUUGGAUCCAGUUGGUUCUGAUAGUGAUGGUGACGGUGCUCAUCCAUUCGAAUCCAAAAGAUAUCGUAAAGUGUGGAGCUUAAACGUUAACAAGCCUGAUGCUGGUUGGGAAGCUGUUCCGCUCACGACUAUGACUUUUCCUAAUAGGUACAACCCUCAAUCCGUAGCCCUCCGCCAUAAGUUAUAUGUGUUGAGUGGUUUUUCCAGAUCUCAAUUUUCAGCUGCAAAAAAGGAUGGCUGGAUGGAGUCUUAUCACCCCUUAUCGGGAUGGAAACCCUUGCCCAAUCCUCCAUCUGGUUUUUCCUUUAACGAUGAUCCUCUCAUUUUCACUGCUCUUGAUGAUGAAGAAAAGAUUCUUGUAGCUCAAUAUAAUCAUGACGAUAUGAACUGUGAUUCUGCUACAUUCUAUGUUUAUGAUGUGAAGAUCGGACGUUGGACAACACUGGAUCCUCCGGUGCGCAAGCUACUUGCUCGGUAUCCUGACCGGACUGGUAGAAGAUCUGUAGCUGUUGGUAAUACUCUGUAUUGGGGUUCGUUUGAAGACGAGGAUAUCAAUGUACAAGCUUACGAUCUAUAUAAGGAUAUUUGGACCCACGGCAGUUUCAACAUUCGCCCUGUUCUUGGGAAAGAUGAAUUUCUGGCCGAUAAUGUAUUUCCAGCAUCACCUCCUUUGCUUCAUUUGGCUAAUCAGAAAUUCUGUCUUUUCUUGCUCACCUCCAUCUAUGAUGAGAAAAACUGCAGAGUUAGUAAUCUUUACCUUAAUUGUCUCAUACUUAAUGUUUCUCCGAUUAAUGCUCGUGACAAUCACCAGCACGAUUACUAUGACCAUGUAUGUUACAAAGUCCGUGGUGAUGUCAAUGUCGAUGACAAGGAGUACAAGGCCAAUUACCAUGUCCAUCCUCAUAACCAUUUCUGGAGGCUGAGUAUUUCCAUUGCGUCCAUCCAAAAGUAUCCCUUGCUUAAUCCCAUACAGCUCUGGGAUGCUGUGGUUCUGAAGCGUCCGUUGUGGCCCCCAUUGUCGCAAUCGAUGUCAAGAUUGAAGUUACGAUUGGUCUAAUCUGUGAAACAUCUCCUAUCCUUGAAAUGAACAAGUCUAGUGUCACAAGUUGUGGCACAACUUGUCCAUGUGGCGAGUUGUGAUUGGUGGAGGAGUGAUGUCCCUCCACCAACCACAACUCGCCACAUUGGUGAGUUAUGGCACAAGUUGUGGCACUAGACUUAUUCCCUUGAAAUAGGAAGCGUCCACUAUGGACCCCACUGUCGCAAUCGAUGUCAAGAUUGAAGUUAUGAUUGGUCUAAUCUGUGAAACAUCUCCUAUCCUUGAAAUGAACAAGUCUAGUGCCACAACUUGUGCCACAACUCGCCCAUGUGGCAAGUUGUGGCACUAGACUUAUUCCCUUGAAAUAGUUCUAGUUGAUGGACUCUGUCUCUUCCAGUUUCAGCUGAUGGUAAUCCACAAGAUGGCAAUGAUUCGAUGACCUUUCCACCCCAACGAUGACACCGCGAAAAGAACCUAUAACUUCUCCACUUAUACUUUGCCAUUUUACAAAUACCAUGGUCUCUAACGAUUUCGACAAGUUUUUUCUCAGAUUUGCUCACCUAAAUGUAAUUUGAUCCCAUCUCUUUUUCAAUUCACUUCAGUUCAUGAUUUUGAUUAAAGUAUUGUUGAAAUUUUAAGAUUUUUGAUAAUGGGUAUGAAACCCAAGUUGGGUGUGCAUGUGUCGAUGACCAAGGACAAGCAGGUUGCUGGAGGAUACUUGCAAGAUUGGCAUCUAGCUUCAAACAUGGACCUGUACGUUGUGACAGCACUUUGGCAAAACUACAAUUUUAUGGACUAAGGCUAAUGCUUUAGUUGCUCAGAAGCUAUCAUUGUUUAAAGUCUAUUUGUUUAACAUAGCUUGAAGACAUUAAGAAGGAAAUUGUUGGGAAAAUUUUUCCCUUUUAGAUUUGUUAGAGCAAAUCUUUUGUAAAUGAUUUUUUUUUUUUUUUGGUUCUUUUUUUGAGUUAGUAAAUGAAUGGUUAUUCAUGUAUAGACUUGUGAAAUGGCUUCCCAUAUGUAAUGCAUCUUGCCGAAUGGAUUUUGUAAUGAAUAAAUUUAACAGCUUUUGGGCAAUAUCA